AUGUUGAGAAAAACCUAAUUAAAAUUGGGGUUUGAAAUUAUUUUUGUUUGAGAGUGAUUCAAUAUAAUAAUAAGAAGUUGCUUCUUGGAAAAGUCUUUUCGCUGUCAAGCCUUUCUCUUAUUCGGUCGGGCAAGAAUCCAUCCCGGGGGAAAUUUAAAUUUGGUGCCUCAACGGGAUUUCUUGAGCAGGGGAUGGUCGCAGCGUAGACAUACCUCGGUGAAUAAGAUGCACAAACUGUGAGGCCGCCUCUUGACUGAUCAGACUUUUAGUGUUUUCCAUGUCGCCGACGCCGAACAAUAUUGUUCAAAGUUUAAUCUUGAUGACUUGACUAGGAACGUCUGGAUUAUUUUUCUGCACGUUGCUUCUGUAGUUGUAUGUUAUCUUUGUAAUGACGCACGGGCGAGCGGGUUAUGGAGGGACUGGUGGUGGUUCAUCCAGCCGGCGAGAAAGGAGUAAUUCGACGAACAGCGUGUUGCCUUCUUGGUACCCAAGAACACCUCUCCGAGACAUUACAGCUAUCGUGCGGGCCAUUGAAAGGAGAAGAGCUCAUCAAGGAGAAAUAGAAGACCAACAAAUUAAGAAUCUGAUGCCUCAGGGCCAAAAUAUUCUUGGAUCUUCUGCUCUCAUAUCAAGUCCUCAUCUCAAGAACAAUAUUUCUAUGAUCUCUCCAUGUCCUAGUGCUGGAAAGAAGCUUGGUACACUGUCUGUUGGUAAAAUCCCAAAAACCUUGCUUAGUGUCAUGGGUCAAACUGCUGGAGUAUCAGAGUUUGUCACACCUCAAAAUGAACUCCUGAGCUCAAUUGACACGGUAGGGGAAGAAGUAAUGGAGGAAUUGCAGGAACUUGAGAGAACCCCAAGUGCUAAGAAGGCAGACAAGGAAAAAAGAAUGCGCACUUUGAUGUCAAUGCGCUGAUUGCAAAGAUGGUUAUGUUGUUCAAAGCAAUCAAGAUUGAGAGAACUCAAAUAGAAAGGAAUAACAACUAACCUGCGCAGUAAGGUUGAUAAUCUUCUGAUGAUUUUCUUGUUUGAGACUCAAGAUGGUGGAAGAUCACUUUGUGUGUGGACCAAUAUUCUUGUUCUCCGAAUACUUCUUUAGAUGUUAAAAUCUAGUUUUUGUCUUGGUUAGGAUCCGUAGACACUUUUGUUUGUAAAUAUCAAACUGCUAAAAGCCUUGGUGUGGGAUUAUAGGCACAUUUGUUUCUACUUAAGGCCUUGAGAUAGUACUAGUAGAGCAGGCAGUGUUUUGAGCCAAUGUAUAGAAAUGUUGCAUUUGAAUAUUCCUUUUACAAAUUUUUCUAACUCAUGUACCUAUUUUUUACCAAGCACAAUAAGAAAAUUUUGCAUUGCACUUUC